UCCACCCAUGCUGUCUCCACUGAACUAACAGGAAAGGAAUUUGUCCAGACUAUCAGGACAGCGGAGAUGGGAAGGCCCGGGGGGCAGGCUUGGGGCGCUAGGCCUCACUAUGCAGCUGCAGGAGAAAAGUAAGCCCGGCCUGGACCACUGCAGGAGGACUGCUGAGGGUUCAAGGGCCAGAGAGAAGGGAGACUGAGGGCUAGAAAUAGGAGGAGGCUAAAGGGAAGAGGACAGGGGAGACUAGGCUACGGGGUAACCAAAAGGCAGAGACAGUGGGAAUGGAUGGCGAGACUAACAGGAGACUGAGGCCUACAUAGAGGGCAGGUCGCGGGGGGAUGCUGAGACUGGGGUUGGGGAGACAGAAGGUUGGAGCCCUUCAGGGUCUUGCCCGUUUCCUGGUCUCCUGGCCCCACAGCCCUUCCAGGUCCUGCCAUCUCCUUGCAGUUCCCUGGCUAAGGAAUAAGCCUAGCCUGAUUCCAGCCACCCCACCCAGAUGCCCUUACCCUGGAACAAAGCGGGAGUGGUCCCCUGGGCCUGCCUGCUUCCAGCGCAGGGCAGGGCUUAGUCACCAGGCAGGCACUUGUUGUAGCAACGGUCCCUGGGGGCCCAUCCUGGGGAACGGAACUGCGAGCAGGAAAGAUGGGGGAACCAGAGUCUCCAUCCCCUCCAGCCCCCCAGGCUGCCCCAGGCCUCCUGGACAGCCACUCUGAGAUGAACAACUACCGGCGGGCCAUGCAGAAGAUGGCAGAGGACAUCCUGUCACUGCGGAAACAGACCAGCGUCCUGGAGGCAGAGAACCGCAUGCUGAGAAGCCAGCUGGCCCAGAAGGAGGUAGAAGAGGAGUCAGCCAGCCCUGACAAGGCCCAGAACCUGGCAUCCAUGAAGCAGAAACUGCUGCUGAGUGAGCUGGACAUGAAGAAGCUGAGGGACAAGGUGCAGCGUUUGCAGAAUGAACUGAUUCUAAAGAAUGAUCGAGAAAAGGAGCUGCUCCUCCUACACCAGGCUCAGCAGCCACAGGCUGCGCUGCUGAAGCGCUACCAGGACAAGCUGCAGAAGAUGAAGGCGCUAGAGGAGACCGUGAGGCACCAGGAGAAGGUGAUCGAGAAGAUGGAGCAAGUGCUGGAGGACAAGCUGCGCAAGAGGGGCAAGCCCCUGCAGGACAAGCCGCAGGGAAAGCCCAGCAUGCGCUUCCCCAUGCUCUGGGCCUCUGGCCUUCCUCUGGGUCCUACGGGCGAGAAUCUGCCUGUUGACGUCUACUCAGUGCUGCUCACGGAAAACUCGAGACUGCGGGCAGAGCUGGAUAAGAACCACCACCAGUCGGCCCCCAUCAUUCUGCAGCCGCAAGCCCUGCCGGUGGACCCUGGGGAGUUGGAAGCAAGAAGAGACCUGGCAGAAAGCCUGCAAGAGACAGAAGCCCCGGGCCACUCCAGGGGCACCCUGCCCGCACAGGAUCUCCUUGCCAGUAAUUCAGACAAGUUUAACCUCCUGGCCAAGCUGGAACGAGCUCAGAGCCGGAUCUUGUCCCUGGAAAGCCAGUUAGAGGACUCAGCUCGGCGCUGGGGACGAGAGAAGCAGGACUUGGCCACACGGCUGCAGGAACAAGAAUAUGGCUUGCGGCACCCUUCCAACAUGGUCGCCACAGACGUGCCCGUGAGUGAUCCCCAUGGGGGAGCUUCUUGGGGCUCGGGUGGUGGGUCUGACAGCUAUCCCACCUCCAGAGUCACUGGACCCUGA